UAUUUGUUCCUUCCUCUCUUACAACGACGUCGUAUGCUAAUUCUUCGUGCGCGAAACUCCUAAAACCCUAGCAAAAUCCCUACACUCAAAACGCAAGCUCCAAGACCUUCCAAGCCCUAAUUCCACAAUCACAACCAAUGGAAGUAGUGGUGGCUUCCUCUUCCAUCGACGGCGGCAUCGGCUGCUGGGACGUCCAUACCGGCGCGGAGCAACUCCGUUACAAGACUUGCGUCUCUCCGCCUCAUGGCCUCGCCUGCGUUGGCCAACGCUUCCUCGCCUCUUCUCAGAUCCGUGAUCCCUCCGCCAACUCUGGCUGCAUCCUCUACUGGUCUUGGUCCAAGCCUCAAGUAGAAGUUAAGAGCUUUCCUUCGGAACCAAUACAGCCAGUCGCUGCUAACCGCGAAGGCACGUACAUUGUUGGUGGAGGCGUAUCUGGUGAUAUUUACUUGUGGGAGGUUGCCACUGGUAGACAACUUAGGAAAUGGAAUGCGCAUUAUAGGGCUGUUACUUGCUUGGUAUUUUCCGAUGAUGACUCACUGCUAAUUUCUGGUUCGGAGGAUGGAUCCGUUAAAGUUUGGUCCCUCUUCAUGAUAUUCGAUGAUUUGAGACGACAGCGAUCUGAUCAUCUAUAUGAGCACAAUUUUUCAGAGCACACUUUGCGUGUAACUGAUAUUGUAGUCGGAUAUGGAGGAAGCAAUGCCAUUAUAGUAUCAGCUUCUGCGGAUCGAACUUGUAAGGUGUGGAGCUUAUCAAAGGGAAAAUUAUUAAGAAAUAUCGUAUUCCCUUCAAUAAUUGAUGCAAUUGUACUUGACCCUGGCGAACAUGUCUUCUAUGCUGGCAGUAGAGAUGGCAAGAUAUACAUUGCUGCACUUAGUGCUGAAAGCACCUCUAAAAGCAACUAUGGGUUGCAUAUCAUAAAUUCAUUAUCAAAUCACAGCAAGGCUGUUACUUGCUUAGCAUAUUGUGCACGUGGAAAUCUUUUACUUUCUGGAUCGGAUGAUGGUAUGGUACGAGUUUGGGAUGCUAAAACUCACAACAUUGUUCGUGUGUUCAAGCAUGCAAAAGGUCCUGUAAACAAUAUUCUUGUUGUUAGACCAGAGCUCAACUUUAAUUUUCGGCCAAAUUCACAAGCUUCCUCAAGAAGGCAUGGGUCAUUGUUACCACCUGCGCUGGAUAAAUAUAGGAAUCCAACGGAUGAAGAUGCAGACACUACGACUGUCAUUGGUCUCCAGUCUACUUGCAGGAAAUCAAUAGAUCCUUCAUACUUCAGUUCACAUGUGAUAAAUAAUCAAAUCAAAGAACUUCAGCAACAAGGUUCUUCUGCUGCUGCUGAAAUGGAGACGGAAAGACUAAAGCUUGAGUGUACAAGAUCUAUGCAAAUGGUUCAGCAGUGGAAGAAAAUGUAUGAAAACUUGCAUCAAUUCUGUGUAAAUGAACUUUUGGACAGUGAUCAAGCAGGAAUCUCCAAUGGAAACUCCACCUAAGAUGUAGAUGUUCUUCUCUCAUAACAGUUGCCCAGUUUAAAGGUACAAUUAGUAUAUGGUUAUUCUGAUACGAAGGAUAUAUUUGUUGUUUGGAAUUAUUUUUUCCAUUUUUUAUUUUCAUUUUUGAAAUUUUGAUUAAUUAUUAUUUA